AGUUAGUAUUGGUAAUAGCAAUGGCAGACCUAGGUGGAGGCUCCCAUCUUGAAGAGGAUCUCGAAGUGGAUGAGGACGACUUGAUGCCUGAUCUUAAUGCUGAUGAGGAAGUGGCGGGGGGCAGCGGGGAUGUCAUCACCAGUGGCCGAGUACCGACUCAACCAAAGGACGAUGAUUUCGUGGCGCGUGAAGCUGAGGGUCCUAGGAGGACCUCCCCCUACAUGACCAAAUACGAACGAGCCCGGAUAAUCGGCACUAGGGCGUUGCAGAUCUCCAUGAACGCUCCCGUGAUGGUGGAUACGGAGGGUGAGACCGACCCAAUGGCCAUCGCUGAGAAGGAGUUGGUGGCUAAGGUCAUCCCCUUUAUCGUGCGAAGGUUCCUCCCUGACGGAACGUAUGAGGAUUGGAAGGUUGAGGAGCUCAUGCAGGACCCUUGAGGGAAGCGGCUGCUGCUCUCGUUAUAUCCCGUAACACACUAUUCUACGUAUCACCAAUUUCCACAUCCUAA